AACUACGUGCUGACGUCACGUGCUCCCUGUCACUACCGGCGCUGACGUGCACUGUGCAACCAUUGUGCGGUUGCCGCAACUGUGUUGAGUCAGCGGUGACCUGGAGCUCAGGGGGGUGGAGCAGUGAGCACCGACCCUGCUGCCUUUACAGCCCAGCGGGCCCCCUCCCUCGUCGUCUCACUUACCCACCCGGCCUGGUGGCGUUUUCUGCCGGGGCCCGCUCCAUUACCUCAGACCGAGGGCCUUUUCCCGCAUCUCCUCUCCUGUGCCCCAGCUGUGAGGUGCAUGUGUGCCGCCGGAGGGGCCAACAUGUCCAAGCACGAACAGAUCCUGGUCCUCGACCCGCCACACGAGCUCAAAUUCAAAGGUCCAUUUACAGAUGUUGUCACCACAAACCUCAAACUGCGGAAUCCGUCUGACAAGAAAGUAUGUUUCAAAGUUAAAACUACAGCACCACGACGCUAUUGUGUAAGGCCAAACAGUGGCAUCAUUGAUCCAGGAGCCACAGUAACAGUUUCAGUUAUGCUGCAGCCAUUUGACUAUGAUCCAAAUGAGAAGAGUAAGCACAAGUUCAUGGUGCAGACCAUUUUUGCCCCAUCAAACAUAACAGACAUGGAAACAGUGUGGAAAGAAGCUAAACCUGAUGAUCUAAUGGAUUCUAAAUUAAAAUGUGUGUUUGAUAUGCCACAUGAACAUGAGAAGUCGACCCAUGAAUCUACAAAACUGUUUACUUGUCUGCCUGCGAAAGGUAGUGCUUCAAUGGAUGACACUGAGACACGGAAGCUCAUGGAGGAGUGCAAGAGACUUCAGUCUGAUAUGAUCAAGCUGUCAGAUGAAAAUCAGCUGCUGAAAGAGGAGAGGAGGAAGGGCAGAGGAACGCUGAAAGAACAAGGCAACCCCAUCCCAUCACUUCUUGUCGUUAUUGCAGCAAUUUUCAUUGGUUUCUUUUUAGGAAAAUUCAUCUUGUAAAUUGAGGCAUUGAGUGCUUUCCUAUUUUUCUUCUCUUCUUUUUCUCCCUUCCCAGCAGAAGGUUGUUUAGCUGCCGUGUCAGUUUAUGUGCAGCAGCGUAUGGGCAUCACCUGUCUCGCAGUUCAGAUGAAAAAAAAAUUAAUAAAAAAAACCCAAACUGUUUGGCGAUGGGACUAAAGUGUGUGUUCAUAUGUCAGCAUCAAGACUCUUGGCACACAUUCAGUCCGGUGUGGGGAAGAAAACUGUAAUCAAUCUUUUUGUGGUUUUAAAAAGUUUUUGUAUGUUCUUUUAAUUGUUUUAAAUUUUAUCUGUUCACAAUAUGGUUUCCUUCGAUUGCAAAUCUCAUUCAGGUAUAAAAUUGAGGUAUCCUGGGAUGAUGUCGUCUUAAUGUAAAUGCUCAGUCCUUUAUUUUGCAGUGUGUAUUUCAUGGCAGUGCAGAUUCUGUCUGUGGGGCAGAUUUCUCCAUGUCUCCAUUUUUCCCGUCUUAUUCAGAACUUGAAUGGAAUAAAAAAGAAUAAUAAUAA